ACGCGGUCGUGAUUGUUGUGAAGAUGGCGGAGGGGGAGACAGAGAAGGAAUAUGACACACGGAAAGCUAUCGAGGAGCUCCGAGAGCGGUUCCAGGAUUUGACCACAGCUUUGAAAGAGAGCUCGCAAUCUCCGCUGGAAGCCUCCCUGCAUUUCUGCCAGGAGUUUUGCCAGGUCCUUGUGGAACAUGCCGGCCGUUGGAAAACUGAUGAAGAUCCUCUGCCUUUGCUGGAGGUCUACACUGUGGCCAUCCUCAGCUUUGCUCAGUCAGUCUCCUGUCUCUCCUCCGAAUGUGAAAACGUGCCACUCCUACUUGAAAAGUUAGCACUGAGCUGUGCGGAGCUGCUGCUCUUACUGCCCCAGCAUGUCCCUGGUGCCUUAUGGGAGGAGUUUCAGUCCUCCAUGAAGUUGGCACAUAGCCUUUUGCAAGAAACUGGGAGCACACAGCUUUGCCUGCUCUCAGUUCUGGCACAACAGGAUGGCGUCUGGUCCAACACCACACUAAGCAGCAUCCUGUCCAAUCAAAUCCCUCAAACUGAACGAGUACAUGAGUAUCUUGAGUUUGAAGGUGCCACACUUCUAAACAUGAGAAUAAAGCACCUAAUUAAAGUGGAAAGUGUUGAUAAAGCUGCUGUCCUGGCAAAGAUGUGCUCAGAGUAUCCGGGAUAUGAAGGAAAAGGAAACUUCAAGCAAACCUACUUGCUUUGCAUCUGCAUGAAAAAAAGUCAGGAGCAGUUAAUGGAGGAGAUUGCGUCAAUAGACUGCAAAGAUGCUCUUGAAAUGAUCUGCAACUUGGAGUCAGAAGGAGAUGAGAAAGGAGCUCUCUGCUUAUGUUCGGCCUUUCUCAAGCGACAGCUACUUCAAGGAGAUGUUUAUUGUGCCUGGGAACUCACACUGUUCUGGAGUAAGCUACUCAUGCGUUUAGAGUCGUCAGCUGAUGCAUUUCUUGGUCACAGCAAAGAGAUGGCUCUUCUCUGCAGAAGUGUCUGUCAUAUUCUGUUUCUAAUCAAAGUAAUUCAAAACGAGGUUGGAGAGGUGGGGCUUCCUGUGUGCGUGGAAAUGUGCAUUCAAGCUCUCAAAAUGACUUCCAGUGACCAUAAAGAUAGCAAGUCCACCAUCUGCAAAACUAUAUCCUGCCUCUUGCCAACUGACCUGGAGGUUAAGCGUGCAUGUCAGCUGACCGAGUUCCUCCUCCAGCCUACUGUUGACUCGUAUUAUGCUGUGGAGUCACUGUACAACGAACCUGACCAAAAGCCUGAGGAGGAUGGGAGUCUACCGGUGCCCAAUUCUUUACGCUGCGAGUUACUGCUGGCCUUCAAGACACAGUGGCCUUUUGAUCCAGAGUUCUGGGACUGGAAAACGCUAAAACGCAACUGCUUGGCACUAAUGGGAGAUGAGGCAGCUAUUGUGUCAUCUAUAGACACACUAAAUGACACAGACGAACAGGAAGUGGACAGUGCACUUGGUAAACUCCCUGAAUACAGAGACCUGGAGGAUUUUCUGCUUACCACUACAAAUGAACUUAACGAGAUCACGGAUGAAAGAGAAAAAAACCGAGAGGCUAAAAAGCUUCGGGAGCAGGGUUUUGUGUCAGCCCGGUUCAGAAAUUGGCGAGCCUACAUGCAGUAUUGUGUUUUAUGUGAUAAGGAGUUCUUGGGUCACAGAAUUGUUCGCCAUGCACAGAAGCACUUCAAAGAUGGAGUUUAUCUUUGUCCAAUUUGUGCUGACAGUUUUGAAACUAGGGAGAUUUUAGAGCCACAUGUAGCAUCACAUGUAAAGCAAUCUUGCAAAGAGAGACUAGCUGCAAUGAAAGCUGCUAGGAAAGUAUCUAAAGCACCUCAGUCCCCUAAAAGUCCAUCAAAAAAUUCUAAAGUUGCCACCAAGGUGAGCAUGAGUCCUGUUAAAGUUGAAUCUCAAGUCAGUGACCAAUUAGCAUCUCCUGUUAAGAUAGAACAAACUACAUCUGACACAAACAUAAGUCAAGACUGUUUCUGUCCUGUCAAAAAUUGUUCCAAGGCUUUCAAGUUUUUCCGCAACCUCAUGGCUCAUGUCCGAUCUCACAAGGACGACGACGAGGCUAUGAGAUUUUUAGAGAUACAAAAACAGAAAGUGGUAUGCCAGUACUGCAGACGGCAGUUUGUAAAUGUCAGACAUCUAAAUGAUCAUUUGCAGAUGCAUUGUGGCAGCAAACCCUACAUAUGCAUACAGUUGGAUUGCAAGGCCAACUUCAACUCAAAUUCUGAGCUUCUCAUGCAUAGAAAAACACAUCCUGAGUUUAAGGCCCAGUGCAUGUUCCCUAACUGUGGGGAAGUUUUCAGCGAGGCGUACCUGUUGUACGAUCAUGAGGCUCAGCAUUACCUUACCUACACCUGCCAAACCGAUAACUGUGGCAAAAUAUUUUACUCCCAGUCUCAAUUCUUGUCACACCAACAGAGUCAUUGUACAAAUGAUGCAGUAAACACUCUGUAUGUUACGAAUGAAAACACUCCUGAUACUCCAAAAGUAGAACCAACACCCGAGAGCACCCUGAGCAAAGAAGAUACCUCUUCUUCAGUUGUCAAUAUUGAAAGGGUUAAUACAGAUAAAUAUAUGAUGGAGGCAUCAAAUGCAGAUGCAUCUCCGUGCAGCUCACCAGACCUUGCUAAAGAACCUGUUCCUGUGAGAGUUAAACACUCCAUUGAAAGCAUGCUGAAUUCUGCAGGAUUUCCUGAAAUGCAAGAAGGAGAGAAAUGCUACAUUCCUCUAACAAAUCCAACUCCAGAAUCAGUUGAUGUUGACCCAACAUCGGAUGUUCCUCAUGCGCACCAUGAUAUGGGAGUUGGGAAAAGUGAGAUCCCUGUAGGAAAUCAUGAACCAAGUGCAAAAAUCCCUGUGGCAAGUCAACAAGGAGAGGAUACUGUACAAAGCAAUGAACUUCCAAAAGUGAUUUCACAAAUAAUUUCUACAAGUCAAAUCAAGACAGAAAUUCCUUGUUCACUGCAAGGAUAUUCUUCCAGUACGCCUUCAGUAUCUGCUGGCAAUGAGGAAAACCUGCAUUGCUGCCCAUAUAGUGAGUGCACAAGGGCAUACAGCACCAACAAAAGUCUGUCGAGGCAUGUGAAGAAGCAACACCCUGACAUAUUUGAAGAUUGGAAAUUGGCGAAGAAAUAUAACAAAGUGGCCAAAAUCACAGCAAAAAAGGCAUCAAAUGGGCCAGCUUCACCCAAUCCCUUUCAAAACCAAGGGAACCGGCCGCCAAGUCAGCCAGGAAUACUAUGCAACAAACCUGGGAUGCAGCAAAUGGAUUACCCAAUGGUAUCUUCCACCUCACCUGCCCAGUGCUAUCCUGGAUCAAUGGAGCCUGUGCCUAUCACUCCAAUGGUAAACCCCACAGCGUAUCCGUCAUGGGGAAGCCCAAAUAAUCCCAGCGGAAUGAUGCAGUCAGACAUGCCCCAGACAUGGUCUUCACCCUCCGCAAAUAAUUGCUAUCCAGAAUCCUUCAACAUGAAUGAGUACCCCCCUCGUAGCUAUAGUCAAUGGCAGGCUGACCCUUAUCAAGCAACAGCGCCUCUCCCCUCUGACAGAGACCCUGCUACUGCAGUUAUGCAUGGUCCCUCUAUGUCACAUGCUCCUUCAGUUUCAAGUUUGAUGUCUCAGUAUGUAUCCAGUUCUCUGAUGCUUGACAAUGGAGGGCAAAUCCAUAACGGAGGGCAUCAGUAUGGACUUCUGCAUCCAGAGGGCAGUGGAGACAGUGUAGAUGGGGGAAAAAGCAAUGCAAGUAUGACAAGCCAGUUGGAUAGCGGAAACAGUAUCUCAACAAUUGAUAGCCUAGCUGAAGGAACUUACCACACUCCAUAUUCUCAGAGUGAAAACUCCUGUCCUACUCAAGGCUCCUCAGUUGAUAAUCCUGUGAAAUGUUUAAGCCCAGAGACCCCGCUUGCAUCAAAAGCAACAAAUGAAAUAAUUAAAACAGAGAAUGUCUCCACUCCUUGUUAUGAACACAUGGACGAUUCUGUGGAUGGCAUGCUCAGUCCAAACAGUGUGAUUCCUACAGAUUUCACCUAUGAAGCGGACUCUCCUGGUGCUGACUGUGAGUCUAUUCUCACAGAUGAAAAGGCUGGUGACCCUGACGUGCAGAAAGGAAAACGAGGCAGACUGAGCAAGCGAACCAAAUGGCCAGCCAUCAUUAAGGACGGCAAGGUCAUCUGUAGGAGGUGCUUCAGAGAGUUCACAAGCACCAAGUCUCUCGGAGGUCACUUAUCUAAACGCUCCCAGUGCAGGCCUGUAGAUGAAAUUGACUUAACAGCUGAUCUGCCAACAUCUUUUCUUGAUUUUCUCAAUGACCCCCAUGUCCCUGAUACAAAUGGAGCAGCAUUCAACAUUUCAAAUGGUGAUUUCUCACAAGAAUCUUGUAGCUUGACAACUUUGACUUCCCCCUUGGUGAUGAAACAGGAGCCCCAACACACAAAUAUAAUGGACUAUUCCACUGAAAACCAGCAACAGAAGGCCGGAGAGUUGGAAAAUCCACCCCUCGGUAUACCUCGUCAAGAGGAUCACUUGAUGGAAAUUUCCCAUGCCUUUCAAAGGUUAGAUUUAAUUGAGGCUGCACAGGAAAGGAUGCGGAAUGCUCUGUCAUUAGAGCAAAAUGUCAGUCAUCGUGGUAAACCCCAUGACAUUGAAAAAAGUAAAAUACCAACUAAAAGUGAUGACAAGCCCACUGAAAAGAUCCCCAAGCCUUUUAAAUGUGAUCAGGAUGAUUGUGAAUACUCAUUCAUGACCAAGGAGGCGUUAUUCAAACACUUGAGUAGAAUGCAUGAUUACUCUAAUGAGAAGAUAGAAGAACUUAAAAAGACUCCAUCCAAACUGUCUCCAUAUCCUUGUCAGAUAUGCCCCAAAACAUUCACGAGAACGACAGGUUUGAGAAUUCACUACGAAAAAGUUCAUCGAUUGUCAAAGGCAGAAAUGCAGAAGCUAAGGAUCAGUGCUCGAAACAGGCGUGCAUUCAGACUGAAUAAAGAUGAUGUGAUUAUUGGCCGUGCGACUACUGAAGCCAAUUCCAGCCGUUCGGGACAAUCUGCAUCUGUAUUACCUAUUAUAAAACAGGAACCACUUGACAUUGCAAUUGCACCUCAAACAGACAAUGACAACAAUCCACAAGCUCCCCAGAACACUUUACCAGGAGAUGCCGGUCAACAAGGCUUCCUUCCUGAUGUAUCUAUUGUUGCACAACUGCCCCCACCUCAAAACUAUAUGACUGAUAUGUCGCUCUGUCAGGUGGCACCAUCAGUUGAUGCGAGAGCCUCAGAGCAACCUGAAGGGGCUGUUUUAAACAAGAGUCCAGAUGUGAAACAGAAAUGUCAUUUACAAGAGAAACUCAGUCCUGUUGGCAAAGCAAAAAAGCAGCAAGGACGAUCAGAUGCAUCAUCGAGUAAACUAAGAGAGCCCCUUUCUAGCCCUUCUAUUGCAUCUGCUUCAUCCUCCCCAGAGAAACCAGGCAGCUCCAAAAGCACACCAACAAAGGAUGAACACCAGAGGAAAGAGAAACAUCAGAAAAGGUUGAGCCUCAAAAUGUGUGAUGCAGACAACCCCUUUAGUCCGUAUAGACCAUAUCGCUGUGUUCAUGAAGGAUGCACUGCGGCAUUUACCAUCCAGCAGAAUUUGAUUCUCCAUUACCGGGCCAUGCAUCAGGCAUCCCUACCCCCCAGUAAGCCUGAACCUGACAUAGAAAAGGAGAGUGUUGAAAAUGGCCAGGAGAGCCAUCAUAGCAUAGACAAAGAUGAUGAAGUUAGGUGUCAGGUGAAAAACUGUUCAAGGGUUUUCAUAGGAAUCACAAGAUUAGUGCAGCAUUACCUCUUACUUCACAAGUUUACUCGUGACAAAGCCACCACUAUGAUGGCCAGCAUGAGCAUAGGGACUUUCAACUGUGAUCGGCCUGAGUGCGCUCUCCCCUUCGACUCUGUGGAAAAGUACAUCGAGCACAUUAAGAAUUACCACAAGGAAAUCGCCAUCUCCGAAAGCGGCUUGGUUGAUCAGACUUUCAGGUGCGAGUAUGAGUCAUGUGACCGCGUUUACAGUACAAAAUCAAAUCUCCUCCGUCAUCUGAUAAAAAAGCAUAAUUAUGUUUAUGAUCCUAAAACAAGUGACGGACGACGGACUAAGGCAAUGGGGCUCUUCCCUGGGCUCAACGGGAAAGAGAAUGUUGAAAACAAAUUCAAAGUGAAGAAAAAAAAUGCAAAAAAGAAAGAUGGAAAGUCCAUUGAACACUGGACUAGUUUUGGAAAGCCGACACUAAAAUCACAUGAUGAGGCAUCAGCGAUGUGCACCAAGAAGUCUGCUCUGCAGUACCCAUGCAUGAUAAUAGGCUGCGAUGCAGUGGAGCGGGCUGAAAGAAGUAUAUUCAAGCAUUACACCACUCAUGGCCUCACAGAAAGAUACAUUGAAGACCACAGGAGCCAGUUCAUUUUCUGCAAAAAAUACUCACGCUCCAGAUUCAAAGAUUCAAGCAAAUCAGAGGGCGCGUCAACCUCAUCUUCUGAAGAGACAGAGCCAGAUGAUGGCGAAAAGCCCAGUGACCAGAAAACAGAAGAGCUUGUUGAUCGGCUAGGCCAAGAAGACAGCAAGCUGUCCAACGAUGAUAGUGCAGAAUCUCAAGCUUCCACCGGGACAGAUGGAGGAAUAAAAAGAGGUCGUCCCAAAAAGCCUGCACAUCCAACACCAGCUUGUCCGGAGAGGAUGCAGACCCUUAGGAAUCGUUUGACUGUUAACAGUUCAAGAGAGAACUCAAAUCCUGGUACCCCUACAGCCCAAGAACAACGUGAUGAUGGGGUUAUGCCUGGGUCUUUCAAGCCUUUAGGACUUGAAGACUCUUUCCUUAAGUUUUUGGAAACCUCAGAGUCAACCCACUCUUCCAAACGCAAAUUAAAUGACAAAUCUAACGCUGAACUGCCGUCCAAAAGACAACUAACUCACAGACAGAAAUCUGCAAUCAAAGGUAAAAUUGAGUUCAGAGGCUGUGAAAAGUUAGUAGACUUCAGAAAUCCUCUUAAUCUCAAAGCAGUGAGCAAUGUUAAGAUUGUCAUGGAUAAAACUUUUUCAGAUGGUGCUGAUCUGUUGCUUAAGCAGCUACAAGACAUGAGGCCGAUAGUCAAAAUAAAAAAAUGGCUUUAUAGCGGAUCAUAGACCCAUACUUUAUUUUCAACCCAAUCUCACUCAGGAUUUGAGAAGUUAUGCUGCAGAAUGGUUUGUUUAUUAAGCAUCCGAUUUCCAACUGUUAACACUAAUGGUCACAAUUAUGUAUUAAAUGGCCUAUUUUGUACUUAAUGAAAUAAAUGUCUUGGAUGAUUUUAAGUAUGUAUGUUAGUCAUAAUAACCAGGUAAUCUUUAGGGCAUAGAUUUUAGAAACAUGUUUGUAUUUAUGCUUAGUACUGAAGAUGUUUUUUUUCUUUUGCUAAAUGGAGACUUUUAAAGAAAAACUAUGUUUUUAUAUAUCCCUAUGGGAUUUUAAAUUCUGUUUGUAUUUAUUUCAUCCUUUUUCAACACUAGUAGACCUAUCUGUAAUAUUUACAUGUCUUCCACAAAGUGUUCAAUACAAUGUUACUGUUACUUUUUAUAAAAUAUUGACUGCAGAUCUUGUUUUGAGUUUUUUUUAAUGUUAUAUCUAACUUGUGUUCACAGUCAGGUAUUUGUGUUCAUUCGUCUCUCUAGAUGUAUGCAGUUUUUUGUAUGGAAAACAAACCAUGGCCAGAAUGUCAUAUCUCUAAUUAAACAUUUUUGCAUUUUUGACAAAACAUUAAAACAAUCGCACUUAAAAUAGUAUUUUACUAACAUAUGAGUUACAUAUUAACUGAACUUAACUUGCGUGAAAACAUGACAUUCUUUCUGUAUGUUUUUUUGUAUUGUCUGCGCAG